AUGGCUCCGAAGCGCACCUCGAGGGUUCUGAAGACGACUAAGACGGUGAUCGAGGAGACCGUCGAGGUCGUCUCCAUCGGUGGAGACAGCCAGAAUGGCGUCGAGGUCCUGCCUGGGGACUCCAAGCUCGUGGAGGUCGUGGUCGAGGCCAAGGAUGCUCAGGGUCCCAAGGAGGACCUAGGCGAAGGAAAGGAAGCGGAGCCCGAAGGAAGGCAGCAAGCAGAGGAGGAAGAGCCCAGCAGAGAGAAGGAAGCGGAACCACCUUUCGAGAAGAGCAUAAUACAACAGGAAGAGACGGCAGGCGAGGGAAAGGAAGCAGAGUCCAUCACUGACAAGGAAACGCAGGAAGAGGCGGCGGCGGUCGACAAGGUCAAGGACAAGGAAGCGGUGCCUCGAACUCCCAAGAAGGUGGAGCAGACCCCGCAAAGAGACAUGGAGAAACCAAAGGAUGGGGGAGAAGGAAUGGAAGCGGAGAAGGGGAGGAAGAAGCAAGGGCGAGCGGUAGGGCGGAGGAGGAGGAGGAAGAAGCGGUUCAGCGGCGGGGAUGGCGGGGAAAUGGACGGCACGGGACGUGGGUACAAGAGGUACGUUUUCCGGGUGCUGAAGCAUGUGCACCCGGGGAUGGGGAUAUCGUCGCGGGCGAUGGUGGUGCUCGAUGGCAUGAUGGGCGACAUGUUCGAGAGGCUGGCGGGCGAGGCGUCGAGGCUGUCGACGUACACGGGGAAGGCGACGCUGUCGUCGAGGGAGAUCCAGGGGGCGGUGCGGCUGGUGCUGCCGGGGGAGCUCGGCAAGCGCGCGAUCUCCGAGGGCACCAAGGCGGUGUCCAACUACAUGGCGGCGGACCGCCACGAGCAGCAGUAGCGUGGGUGGUGUACUGAGGGGUAGGGCGAUUUUGGGAUCGCAUGGGCAGCAGCACUCUCUCGUGUUUUGUUGUGUGCUCUUCUAACGCCGACUAUCUAAUGGAUAAUCAUUAUCUUAUUGCGUUUUGUGGGAUUUUGUCGGGCUCAAGGACCGUAGAGUCUUGUAGAAGGUGGUGGAGCUUGAAUGGGCUUGAACUUGACGAGCCCAAAUC